AGUUCUUGCCUUAACAGCAGCGGUCCUUCUUCGCAUGUACCAACUCCUAUAGUCGUUACUCGCCGCCAUCGCUCUGUCACCGCCGGACGCGCGCGAACCCUCAAGCGCAACCAUGAAUCCAUACACAAAUGGACCACUCACCUCCUGAAAAUCGCGGCCAAAGGAGACAAAGCCCCGGCUCAGGGAUACCAGUUUGCUACUACCCGAAGAGGAGCAGAGGAACGGUUACUUGCCGCCAUAGCACGCUCCGCGCGGCUGCAAGAGAACUCCGCGUUCGCCUCCAUGGAGAAGGCUCAAUUCACCACUGGCCGGGUCGACGAUGCCGCCAUCGAGCCUGAUAGUAACACGAAUACGAUGUCUUUGGAUCCUGGGACGUUCGUCGAAAUGCGAAGGAAUGGAAUUGUCACUCAUGGCGUCGUCCUUUUCGAAACCGUACUGAACCACAAAGUCACGACAAUGAGUCUUACGAUGGAUGGUGAUCUAUGGCCUCAUCUUCCUGCAGAUGUCUUUUUCGCCGUGCCUGGGUUCAUAUCUGCCAACAUGGCUGCGCGAUGUGGCUGGCAACGUAUCGCGGAAAACGCCGUGCAGAACAACGCUCGCGUCGAGGUUCUUCGACGCAUACGCGAGAUUGGUAUAGCCGUAGAGCGGCUCUCGCACUCGAUCAACAUCCCGAUAUCCGGAAUAUACGACCAAUUGAAGUCCUCCGACCCGGAAGGCUGGGUCGAGGUUUCCUUGAUGCAAGUGGUGGAUAUGAUCGAGACGAGACAGGUUUCUCGGAUGCUGAAGAUCUUCGCCGUCCAUAAGCAACUCUUCUCGCGGCCGGCCCAUUUCGUCGCUGUCCACCAAACCUAUCUCACCCAGCAGAUGUUCCAACUGCGACCUCAGGCACAUAUCAGUCGUCUCAGCACUGUCGGCUACAUUGUCAGAAAUCAUGGGAAGGCGUUGGAUGAUUUUGCUGCCAAGGCUCGGCGAAUCAUAACGGCUUCACGGGAACGAGCUGCCGAGUCAUGGGAAGAAGAGCCCAGUCUAUCGACUACGCCCUCUCAUGGAUUACCCAGCUUCAACGAGACAGAUCGACUCAUCAUCCAGGUCGUGCUCGAGUCACUUCGUGAGGCAAGAUCCGUCCAGGAAGACCCUUAUGCCGUCCCUGUCGCCGGCAUUCUUCGCAAAGUCGGGAUGUACGACGCAAAGGUUGAUGACUCCCUGAUACAUCGAUUGCUUGUCGAUCUCGGUGUCCUCUCUCCAUGGCAGGAUCUCACGGAGCGUGCUUUGCAGCUUGAGGCAGCGGGCCGAGGACUAUCUAUAGCGGAACCACCGAAAGACGAGAUGAUACGCCGAAGUUUGGAUGCAGUCGCUCUUCCCGGAAACGCGGAACGAGCGUUGGGACCCGAGGAUCUCUAUCGUGUCGAUCCUCUCGAUUCAUUACGCCACGAUUUUGGUGACAUGCCCGCGUACGUUAUCGACGAUGCCGAUGCGAAAGAGCUGGACGACAGCAUAUCCUUCGAGGCCAUCCCCACCGAGCCCGGAUCCGCAUGGAUACACGUUCAUAUCGCAGACCCGACGUCGAUUCUCCCACCUGGCCAUAUCCUUGCGCGCAGAGCGCGGGAGCAAGGCAGCACGGUAUACUUUAAUCAUGCUACGUGGCCUAUGCUUCCACUCGCCCUUAUUGAGAACCGUCUCAGCUUAGGCAGCUUACAAGGGCGGCCUCAAUCCGUCCUCUCGUUCAGUUUCAAGGUCGACGAGAAAGGCGCACUGACGGAACACAGAGUUCGCCCUGGGCUCGUUCGGAACAUGAUCAUCACUCAGUAUGACGCUGUAGACAAGAUGCUUGGACUGCAGACGAUUCCUAUUUUAUAUCCCUUUGGCCAACCGGAAUUGUCCCCCUCUCCUGAGUUGUGCGCAUCACUAUCUCUAGAACACAUACAUAAUCUCCGCUCUCUCUACGAUGUCUCUCGCAGGCUUUUCAAAGCUAGGCUCGCUUUGCCAACGUUCACAUUUGGCAACCCUUCGGCACGGGUGUCUCUUCUGACGAAACCAAUCCCCUCCGGACCCACGCCUGAUCAGUGGCCAGCUUCAUACCGUGGUUUUCCCUCCAUGGCUUUCUCCGUUCACAAACCCGAACACCUUGAAAUGGGCGCGAGGUCCAUGGUUUCCGAGAUGAUGAAGGCCGCGAACAGGGUAGCAUCCCGGUUUUGUCUCGAACGAAACAUCCCUAUCCUGCGACGCGCUUGCGGCCAGGUCUUGACCUUCUCGGACGAGGAUUUUGCUCGCCUCCUGCAAUCAAAGAACGAGUUAGGCAUGGCCGACCACCGGGAGGUGGUGAAAGUCGGGGCUUCGAAUCCUCCAUCGACGUUCACAACCCGUCCGGAAGAACACUGGACACUCGGCGUACCUGCAGGCGAAGGGUACUGUUGGGUCACUUCUCCACUACGGCGAUACAUAGACCUCUUAGGGCAUUGGCAAAUCAAACAUGCUAUCCUUCAUCCGGACGGAGGACCUCUCUUCGAGACAGAGACUUUGGAGGAGAUUGGCCGCGAGCAGGAGGUGACGUUGCGCCGACUCAGGUUGAAAGGCAGGGCGCAUCAGCUCGCGUGGGUCGCACUGUACCUCGAUCGGGCGCUUCAUACGCCCCGGAAGAACGAGAAUCUCGCCCAAGGCUUCGCCUCGCAAGAUAUGGUAGCAUAUCCUAUAUCGGACAUGACCAGAAACAUUCAAUCGGGCAGUUGGGCGUGCAAGGCAGUAGUCCCUGCGUUAGGUCUCACAGGCUCUUUGGAUGUUGACAACGACCAAGACUCCGAUGUCCGGCUUGGGGAACCGAUCCCUGUCCAUAUAGCAGGCAUCAAGCAUGGUAUCCGAUCAUCUAUCACAUUCACCCGGUUGACGUAGUUAUCGUUCUCGUAGAUCCACAAUGUGCACUUUCCCUUUGUUUCACUCUAUCGUAUCUGUAUCAUACUAAUGAACAUCCUCG